UCCGCGUCUCAGUACGUGAUUAAUUAGGGUUUUAUCUCACAGUGUAUAUGCACUCGUGUGGUUUGUGUCUUAUGUACUACAAGCAUGCGAUAAUGUACUUAUAAUUUGAUAUUCGUCUUAUGUAAUUGUCAGCAGAAAUGAUCACAGUUUCUGUCUAAGGUUCGAAGAUUUUUGACAACCGGAUUCACAGGCGAAAACCCUUAGUGAAUACUGAACCGUUUAUUCGCUUAUCAACCAUGCGUAACGAUUGGCGAUCCUGCUUCAGCACGUCUUAUUUACUGGUUCUGGCGACGUUUCUGGAAUUAUGUUAUCAGGUCACCAUUGCAGAGAGCUGUUCUUACUCAAGCUUUGGCCAAGUACAUGAAUACUCAUGUUUGAGUAAUCAGUAUUGUUGCGGCCACGGUUCGUGCUGUCUCAGAAACAACGACUACUACUACGGUGUUUAUGAUCUCUGGUAUUUCUGGUUCUGCGUUUGUUUCGGUAUUUUCAUAUGCUCCGUAGCGAGUGGAGCUUAUUACCGCAAACGGCAGUUACACACCGUACGAGUGGCUGCCGUUCCAGCGGGUCAUCACGGCGCUCUUGACGGCAGGGUGCACGGAUCGUACGGUCGGGGAGCUCCUCAACACACCCACCACGCACCACCGUCAGGAAACGUCUUUGUGGCUGCUACGUCCGCCUCUGGUCAGCCCGUCUACCCCUUCUGUAUGUACGACGUCCCACCACCCAACUAUCCAGUGUAUAGCACAGGCCUAGGCGGACCCGUAUACCCAGCCUAUGCGUGUAAUAUGCCUCCACCACCGGCGUACAAUACUCUGAACUCCGAUCACAGCGAAGCGACCAACGGGUCAUCAGGGACGGCAGCACCGCCGACGACAGGCGGACAAGACACGGCAAGCUUCCCCGAGGUUGGACCGCCUGUGUCGUCGUAGGCUGACGGGACUGCAAAAUUAAUUCUUGUAAACUGAUUCAAAGGCAUUGGACACGUUUGGUAAUUGUCAAAGGCCAGUAUUCUCACUUGGUGUAUCCCAACAUAUGCAUUAAAAUAACAAUUUUGUGAACUUACUAUUUUGCUCGAUACUGGUCAUCGAAUAUGCAAGAAAAUAAUGAGGGGAAAACACCUUUGUUGCACGAAAUAAUUGUAUGCUUUCAUAUGCCUAACAAAAGGCUGCAGGACGAAGUCUUUCUCAGAUUCAACUGAGUGAGAAAUAACUUCUCUCUAAUAACUACUUUACUUCAGAGGGAGCCAUU